CCUCGGGAAUGCAACAGCAGCGCUGCACGCCGCAUGUAUACUAAUCAUUCCGAGGAGCACGUAUUCAAACUGCAUGUCAAUUUAGCUCUAUCUUUGCUAUGCUGAUUCUAUCUACAGUGAGGACUGCCUUCGCCCGAGCAGCACAUUUGUCAUUGGUAGGGUAAUCAAUACAUGAUCGGCCACUCGGUCGAAACUUAAGCAUUCUUUUCCGGUCCAAACCCCGAACGAGCUUCACUACCCAUAUAUUCCCCAAUAGACGGCAAGACUUGAUAGUUGCUUUCCCUUAGUCCACUUAUGCUGCCUUUCUUUCGUUCCUCUUCACGAUGGAUAAUAUCAACUAGACGUCCCAGCAACUCAUCUUUCUCUCGCUGAAAUGAGUCGGCUCGAUCUCUGGUUUGAGUGUUAUGGGUAUUACAAUAUUGCUCGCCAGAUGGUGAGUGCCUUGGUGGCGGUCGAACAUUAUAAUUCGAAGAGACUGAAGGGCUCAGUGUGGCCUCUUGACUUGCAGGAGGAGCGAGCGAGUAUUGUGGGGUGUGCAGGUUCAAGAUGGUGGGUCUGGGGAGGCUUCCUUCAGUGGUGGAAGCCAUCGGCCAUCUGUACCAAUCACACUACCGGCUGGCGAUUGACUCACAACACGAUGCUCAUGCCCGAUAUCGUUCGAGUUGCUAUCGGAGGUAUCGUCUGGAUCAUCGUCGGGCCGCAGUUCCCUGAAGAAUUCUCGAAGGCACAAGAACGUCUCUUGGAUAUCAUGGGGUGCUCGAUCAUCCGCGAUAGCCUCAUAAUACAUGUGUAUAGCGUACUCUCGUGCCCGCGAUGGCCAGUCCUCCUCCACCAUGAUCCCUACCUCUUGCAACUCAGAGCGAAAUGUGUCGCCACUGAUGAGCAAUAGAGCAAAGAGCUGUAUCCAGGUACCCGAUCUGAGAACAAAGGGAGCAUUCUUGAUUAUUUCACAAAGAAUCCCGUGCCAAUGGGUGUAGAUGGAAUACACGUUAUGCGCAUUGGUGAAGGCAUUCACAUCUAAUUCCGAGAGACCGUGCGAGUGAAGAGUGCGGAUUAUAGUAGCAAUAGAAACUUCAGGACGGCGGACGCGGUCAUCAUUGGCAUCUUCGUAUCGUGGGUCCAGGCGGCCAACGUAACGGAUCUUGAUGUCGCCAUACAAGAUCCUGUGGCUCGGGUUCCCUCUGAAGUGAGUGUCGGCCGCUCGCAAAGCGUCCAAAGCAGACACAGGCCCUUGUACAGAGAUUAAGUCCAUUAAGCAAUUCCGCUUGUCAUUCCCUUGUCCAUCAGCGAAUUCGAACGCCUCAUCGUCAAGAUCUUGAAGCCAAUCCUUAUCGAGUUCGUCCAAAACGUUCCGAUGAAUGGCCACCCACAUGUCCCACUGCAUAUCUUCAUGAUCGUUCUCUUCCCCAGUCUCGUCUUUCAAUACUCUCCAGAUAGUCCCGUUUCUAGUCGAGUAUGAGAACGUGUCGUCGCUUUCGACCGCCUCUUCCCACUCGGCGAUGGCGUUCCCUUCGAUAGUAGACGCCUCCUCCCAGCUGGUGUCCCAUUGUACUUUGUAUUCCACAACAGAUAUAUCAGUAGACUUGCGGCGUGAAGCUAAUAUACGGCGGACUGGCCAUGAAUCACCAUUAUUACGUGGACUCCCUUUUCGAUUUUCUCCACGGAGCUGCUGGUGCCGUGCUGCGGGUGCAGGCUCAGGUUUCUGUUUCUGUUUCUGUUUCUGUAUUCUAGGAGGCGCUUUCUUGACUUUAGGGGGCUGACGAUAAGACGGUGGGUAGUUCAAAGGUCUCUUGCGCGGGAUCUGGUGAAUGCGACGAUGUUCGGCGGCCGCUUUCGAAAGCGCUGUGGAUGAGCGGACUUUCAUCUUUCUUGACAUUUGUGUGGAACCGAGUUGAAGUAAAGAUGCCAACCUUUGGGUCUAAUUUAGUGAAUUUAUGACCUGUGUGGUAUGGUGAAUGGCUUGCGGCAUUGUUUGGGUCAUCGCAAAUGCAAGAGCGCCAAUGUGACGCUAGAAACAAAGCGAGACGCAAACUCCACCGACGCAAAUCAUCAAUCCGGUCAGACCCGCUUGCUCUACGGCUUACACGCGUUCCGGCCAUGUAAAACACCAGAGGAGAAUCAUUAUGCUCAAUAUAGCGUCUUUUGGAGAACUUCGGGAUCGUAUGUGUACCCAGCAGCUGUAAUGGGAACGACAAGAGUCUGAUGUC